ACACUGCCUAGACGGCUUAUGUCGAAAGAUCCAAGGAGCCCUUUGCGUCCACCCAAAUCCACAACUUGAUUUCCCACAAAACCAACUCCAAAGCUGUCCAUGGUCUGCAGUGCCUCCCCUGAUCUUAUCUAACCAGCUUAUCUAUUGAGUAUCACUCUCUGACCUGAGCAUACUUAAAAUUACUAUUACUAGGAAUAUAGAAUGGGAGUUCCCAAGUUUUUCCGUUGGUUAUCUGAGAGGUAUCCUCUGAUUAAUCAGCGUUGUUACGUGCCAUCGACUGAAUCUGAUACACUUCAAGAUCAAGAUCAAGAUCAAGAUCAAGAUAAAGAAGACUCCAGCAGCAACAAUCCCAAUGACAAGAAGUUGACAAAGAAGGCCAAGAAUGGAAACAAGAAGAAAAAGUCCAACAAAAGUUUGAAGACUGCUGACAAGGCCAAGGCCAAGGCCAACUCCAGCAGGGUAUCGUCACAGUCACAGUCACAGUCACAGUCAAACUUGUCAAUACUGAUUAAUGAGAAUGAUCUUCUCAAAGAUUCCACUUUGGCUCCUCAAGUGGACAGACUCUACAUUGAUACCAAUGGCAUCAUCCAUGGUUGCAGUCACAACAAUUCCAGCUCCAAUGAUGACCAAGAAGAUACUACUAGUACUACUACCAGUACUAGUAGUUCCUUAACCAACAACAGCAACAGCUCCAAUGGAAUCCAAAAUCAGGAAAUAUUUGACAACAUUUCCACUUAUCUGGACAGAAUUGUCAGGGAUGUGGUCAAACCAAAAGAGCUGGUGUACAUUGCCAUUGAUGGAGUGGCUCCAAGAGCUAAACUCAAUCAGCAAAGAUCCAGAAGGUACAGAAACACCACUGGAAAUGAAAUUGAACAGACUGUCUAUGAAGCACAUCUAGACAAAAUUCAACAAGAAAAGCUAUUCACAAAUACACAAUCGUCAUCAUCAUCAUCAUCCUCUUCUUCUGUCACGGAAAUACAACCUGGAAGAUUUGCAGGAAAGUUUGAAACUCAUGUCACCAACAACAACAAAACUCACACUGAUUCUGACACAGAUUCAGACAAUGACACUGAUCACCACUCAACAACCACUACUGAGUCUACUACUCCUCAUGUGACAAGGAAAUUUCAUUCCAAUCAAAUCACACCGGGGACUCCAUUCUUUCAAGAAUGCACACAACACCUCGAGGCAUAUAUACAAGACAGACUCCAAAAUGAUCCGGCAUGGCAACAUCUCACCGUCAUUUUCAGUGGACCCAAUGUACCCGGAGAAGGAGAACACAAAAUUAUGGACUUUAUCAGACGACAACGAACACGAAACGAUUACAAUCCAAAUAUACGACACUGCAUUCAAGGACAAGAUGGGGAUCUCAUCAUGUUGGGAUUGCUCACGCACGAGCCAAAUCUCACAUUGUUACGAGAACAGGUGGAUUUUGUUGCCGAACGCCGAGAAGCUGUUGCGGCGCUGGGCAUGCACGGAUACGUUCACAAUCCCAAUUUCGAAUUUCUUCACAUGAAUGUCUUGCGGGAUUACCUCUCCUUUGAUUUUGAAACAUCCAAUGUCGUCCCCGAUUCGCCCUUUGAUCUCGAACGGACCAUUGACGACUUUGUAUUCAUGACGUUCUUUGUCGGAAAUGAUUUCCUACCCGCCAUGCCGGCACUCGAUAUUGCCGACGAAGCUUUUGAUCUCCUAUGGUACAAUUACCGAGAACAUCGACAACGUUGGUAUGAAGAAAGUUUGAAAACUGGAGUCUCGCCCUAUCUUACGGAAGCGGGCAAUAUUGUCAGUGGCGCGCGGUUGGAAGCAUUCUUGACACAAGUGGGAUCUUUUGAAAAUGCCUACUACUACAACCGAAAGGAAGAAGAAGAGGCACGGCUCAAGGGGAUUCGCAAAGCAGAUAGAAAGUACGGAUACAAUACCUUGCCAUCCGAUGAUAUUCUGCAAUCCAAGGAAGAUGCCGAUCGAGCCAAGUUUCGAGAAAUGAUGCUGGCGAAGCAAAAGCAAGACGGCGGUGGUAGUUUUGCACCGGUCCUGUCAUCAUUUUCGUCGCCAUCCACAACGACGACAACCAUGAAGGAAGAAUUCCAACCCGAACAACAGCAAUAUCAACUCGACUCGGGACUGACAAGACGAUUGGGUGACCUGCUCCAGCAAUCCGUCACAUCAUUGCACGGUGGGUCCGAUGACAACGACAAUGGUGGCGAUGAUACAGCACCCGACGUUGUAUUUGAUGAUCAGGAUGUCAAGGGACGCUAUUACUACGACAAAUUCCAAUUCACACCCUUCGACGCCGACAAGCAUCGAGCCCUUCGAAAAGCUUACGUUGAAGGGCUCGUUUGGAACCUAAAGUACUACUACGAAGGAUGUGUUUCAUGGAGUUGGUACUAUCCGUACCACUACGGGCCAAUGCUCAGUGAUUUGGUUGACAUUGAUGACCUUUUGCAAGAAAUCUCCUUUGACGGAAAACUGGGAGAACCACUCCGACCGUUUGAACAACUCUUGUCCUGCAUGCCUCCUUCGCAAGCGCAUUUUCUGCCCAAACCAUUUCGAAGACUCAUGACCAGUCCAACGUCCAACAUUCUUGACUUUUACCCGCAAACUUUCACAGUCGAUAUGAAUGGAAAACGCUGGCCUUGGGAAGCAGUGGUGUUGUUGCCGUUUAUUGAUACGGACCGACUCUUGGCUGAGACAGAACCCAUCGCCCAGCACGAAUUGACGCCUGAGGAGCAGGCACUCAGCCAAGUUGGCGAGGCGGUCGUCAUGAAGACGAACCUUUCUUCGCGGCAGGGACUUGUCGACAAGAAUGCGCCAAAUCAAGUACAGAUAGAGCCUCUGGAAUCCUCAGAGUGGCGAUGUGCUACUUCUGGCUUUCAGCCUGAAGUCAAGUCGGGGGCCGAAGUCCCGCUUCCAGGCUAUCCAACUCUGCGAUCCGCCCCGAUUCGAAGCUUGUGGCGAAGACGAAACGGAACCAACGUGUUUGGGUUUCCCACGCGGUACAAAACAGCCGUGCUGGAGCAUAGCCAUGCGAUGCCCAAGUUGCCACCAGUUGAGUCGCUCGGCGAGAGUCUCAUCGGAACAACCGUUUGGAUCAACUACCCUCACUUGACUGAGGCAUUUGUAACAGCCGUUUCCAACAAGGAUAGGUCAGUUCGGGGACAAGACGCCACAGUCACGAAGUUCAAUCGAAAAGAAAAAUUGGCAUGGACGGUGCGAGUAGACGAAUUGGUGGAGAUAUUUCGCAGGGGGCAGGGAGUCACUGGGACUGGAGGACUCAGUGUUUCGCCGGAGCAGAACAUCUUGCUGUGUGUGCGUCCGUUACAGGGACUGCGGGAGAUGCCGGAUGGGACCCAGGCCAAGGUGUUUGCCAAGAACGAAAUCGAAGUCCCAAUCGUUGCUACAUUGUGGGCACCAGUGCAACCGGAUCCACGCCUCAUCAACGCCCCAGCGCUCUUGGAACGGGACCCCUACCGAUUUCAUGAACGGCAAUCCACUGGAAAGAAGAAGGAAGGGAAAUGGCAAGGACAAGCCAAAGAUUCAUUGCUGAAAAGGGUAGAUGCCAGUGCAUCAGACAGCGAUGGAGAAUCCGUGCAAGUCUUCAAAAGGAUCAGAAAGAAACUCCUUCCCGACAACGAUCCUGUCGAUUUGCUAGCUCCUGUUCCGGAUUGGAAGAAAAGCGCGGGGGAAAUGGCUCCUCCGAUCGAUACCACGGCGUCGGCUGGGCUCAAGACUGCCUUACCUUCCAAUGGCAAAAAAUCGACAAGUGGAAACGAGCCACGCAACGUCGAGGUAGGGAAGAGUUCUCGGUUGCUUCCUGUUGAAUCAUCCAAUGUCUUGAAGGUUAUGAAUGGAGAAUCAUCCCAUUCAAACGAUGAAGGGCAUGCUCCACUAUCGGGUGAACCACGGGAUAAGAUUGCUGCUGAGACGAGUUUCGAUCUGUUCCCGUCGACGUCAUCCCACGAGGAUGUUUGGAAGCCCAUUGUUGCUGAAGACGACGAAGAGCCGUCGUCACUUGCAUCAGCAGAAGCACCCCUGGCUGCAAGAACAGCCAACGGUUGUGUUAACAACAUGAGCCGGCGAGAGCGUAAUGGUGCAGGAGCAAAGGAAACAGCCAAGAGCGUGGACCACCUGCUGCAUGAUAUUAAUGGUACUGAAGCCAACCAGAACGCACAAUUGUGGAAAGGCCUUGAUCCCGAGAGACAAACCAAGGCUGCCCGCAAGUUUUCAACGACACCAUAUAUGGAUCAACGCGGUUUGCCCGGGAAGACAGGCACUCGACGAUUCACAACAGCAGCAGCUGUGACCACUACAGAAGCCGCCAAAUCGCGCCAACGUUUCAGCCAACCCAUGGGCCGAGGCCGCGGCAGACUGGCCGUUUUAGGUUUGGCUGCGACAGCGGCCUCCUUUUUCGCAGCUGGAGCCAACGCGAUCGACCAUGGCUUGGCAACAAGACUCAGUUCGCGCAGAUUCGGCAUUUCAACAGGUUUUUCUGCCUUUGCUAUUACCAGAACAGAUCCAUGGCUCUCUGUGCGGGGUGGGGAGAAUCUACCGAUUAGAGAUCCCUAUACUUCUGCUUACACCGGCAAUGGCGAUGACGACGUCGACGAACAGAGUAUCAGCAAGGUGCCUCCAUUGGAAUUCGCCCAUGGGACUACCACUCUUUCGUUUGUGUUUCAAGGCGGAGCAAUCGUUGCGGUAGACUCUCGUGCUUCCAUGGGAAACUUUGUGAGCUCCAAGACGACACAGAAGGUGUUGCCAAUAAACACUCACAUGUUGGGUACCAUGGCUGGCGGCGCUGCUGACUGCUCGGUUCUGAUUCGUGAACUCCGCUCCCAAGCCAUGUUGCACGAACUGGAAACCGGUAAACGCAUCAGCACGGCUCGAGUAUCCAGCAUAUUGGCUCGGACGUUGUAUGAAAACCGUGGACACGGCUUGAGUGUAGGAACCAUGAUUGUUGGGUAUGAUGACAACGGUGACGACAAGAAGAGCAAUGCAACGUCUUUGCCGAAUAUCUACUAUGUGGACGACACCGGCAUUCGAUUGCAUGGCAAUUUGUUUUCAGCGGGAUCGGGAAGUACAUUUGCUUAUGCCAUUUUGGAUACCGAACACCACCAUGACCUAACAGAAGACGAGGCCGUCCAAUUGGGCAUCAAAGCAAUCCGUUAUGCGACGCUUCGAGAUGCAUUUAGCGGUGGUUUCAUCAAUGUGUACGUGGUGACAUCAGAUGGUUGGAAGAAGGUGUUUACCGAAGAUGUGGCGGUUACGGCCACGCUGGAACAACCCACUGCUAACAUCGACGACGGGGGCGCUGCUAACAUCGACGACGGGGGCGAUGAUGAGAAGAAUCCCCAGAGCAAUUAGCUAAGACAAUAGAUUUUAAUGCCAGGUGAAGCGCCUGCAGAUAAUAAAGAGCAACGACAUGCUACGUUUAGGCCAAUAACAGCCAGCUCUGAA